CGUGGCCUCAGCGCUGGAGGCGCCGCUCCCGCCGCCGCCAUGGGCAAAAAAUCCCGCUCUGCGCCGGGCCGCCGGCCCAUCCUUCAGCUUUCCCCUCCCGGACCCCGUCGAGAUGAAACGGCGACAAGUCAAACAGAAGGAGCCGAUUCGGGUUCCGAAGCCGACGAACCCGAAGCGGUGGCCGAGCCCCCCCGCACUGCUCCCAACCCACCGCCCCCCACUCCCGCCGCUGUUAAGGCGACAGGAGGUCUGUGCCUGCUCGGUGCCUAUGCAGACAGUGAUGAAGAGGAGGGAGAGACCCCAGAGAAGUUGGCACGGCCAGCAGAUGCCAAUGGCAGCAACUCCUCGGACAUUGACAGCACCCUGGCAAACUUCCUGGCGGAGAUCGAUGCCAUCACAGCUCCUCCACAGCCCACUGAGCCUUCCACGGCUUCCUCUUCCUCCUCUGUGCCCCCUCCCACGCCUCCUCGCCCAGAGCCGAAGGAGUCGGGCGCUAGUCAGGCCUCCGGUGGCAGUGCCAACGGUGCGAGCUCGGCACCGGCACAGGAGUGGCAGUACGACACACAGUGCUCCCUGGCUGGAGUGGGGGAGCUGGAGAUGGGUGACUGGCAGGAGGUGUGGGACGAGAACACCGGCUGCUACUAUUACUGGAACACCCAGAGCAAUGAGGUGACCUGGGAGCUGCCCCAGUACCUGGCCACGCAGAUCCAGGGCCUGCAGCACUACCAGCACAGCAGCACCAGUGCCAAUGGCAGCUUUGUCACAGCUGCCACUGAGUUGUACCCCCAGGAGAAGGGCAUUGCCCCAGGUGGUGUUGGCCGUGGGGCCAGCCUGGCCAAGCGGGAGGUGAAGAAGGAGGUGAAUGAAGGUGUCCAAGCCCUGUCUAACAGCGAGGAGGAGAAGAAAGGGGUGGCUGCAGCCCUCCUGGCACCUCUCCUGCCUGAGCAGGUAAAGGAGGAAGAGGAGCGCUGGAGGAGAAAGGUGAUCUGCAAAGAGGAGGUUGAGCCACCCCCAGAAGAGGAGGUGAAAGGGGAAGAGGCAACAGCAGUUGCUCCUGAAGAGCCAGAGCCUAGCAGGGAUCCCCUGGAAGACACAGUGCAGGAAGAGCUGUGCAGUGUGGUGCAGUCAGGGGAGAGUGCUGAGGAAGAGGAGGAGCAGGACACCCUUGAGCUGGAGAUGGUGCUUGAGAGGAAGAAGGCCGAGCUGCGUGCCCUGGAGGAGGGUGACGGCAGCGUGUCGGGCUCCAGCCCGCUCUCCGACGGCAGCCAGUCAGCCGCGCAGGACUCCAGCCGCCGGCUGGCCUCCAAACGGGGCAAGUGGAAGCUGUUUGUGGGAGCUGCCAGCCCCGAAUCCGCCAGCAGAGGCUCCAGCAAAACGGGCCGGGAGAGCCCGGAAGCGGCAGAAGCAGCACCAAGCACAGAAGCUGCUGAUGCAAGCUCAGACAAAGAGGCAGAGCCUGAGGAGCCCCAGGAGAAAACAAAACCUCAAGGGGCACCAAAAAUAGAAGAGGAGGAGCAGGACCUAAAGUUUCAGAUUGGAGAGCUGGCAAACACUCUGACUAGUAAACUGGAGUUCCUGGGCAUCAACAGACAAUCUAUCUCCAACUUCCACAUGUUGCUGUUGCAGACAGAGACGCGCAUUGCAGACUGGAGGGAAGGUGCUCUCAAUGGAAUCUACCUCAAACGCAAACUCCAAGACGCAGCCGAACAGCUAAAACAAUACGAAAUAAACGCCACCCCUAAAGGCUGGUCCUGCCACUGGGACAGCUCUGACAAAGGACAAACUUCAACUCACCCACGGAACGAAGAGCAAGAGUUCUGUCUCCUGCCAGCAGGUCAGACCCAAACAUUUCUUUUCUCUUAUUUUGAUGUGUUUUUUUUCCUUGACGGAAGUUUUUUCCUGUGUUUUGAAAUCUUUUGCUCUUUUGUUUUUCAGCUCCCAGAUCCGCUCCCUCUCUCUAGCAUUCACUGUUGUGUGUGGUUUAUGACACCCAAGAGCUCUCUUCCUCGCACCACGGGGGAGCAUAGACGCUAUUUCUAUGUUAACGAGCGCUCAGGAGAGUCCCAAUGGGAGUUCCCCGACGGGGAGGACGAAGAGGAGGAGGGAGGAGAGCGAAGUAGCGACAGAAAAAACGAAGGACCUCCUAAACCACCUCCCAAAGACAAAGGAGAGCGCGCCGAGGAACCCGCCGAGCGCUCCUCCGCAGGCUCCCUUUGUAAAGAAUCCUUCUCAGGCCAAGUCCCUGCCACGUCUCUCAUGCCGGUCACUCCGUUUUGGACUCUGCUCCAGUCCUCCGUGCCGGUUCUCCAACCUCCUUUGCCUUUGGAAAUGCCUCCGCCGCCGCCGCCUCCCCCCGACUCGCCCCCGCCGCCCCCUCCGCCGCCCCCACCGCCACCUCCCGGGGAAGAUGGCGAGAUCCAGGAAGUGGAGAUGGAAGAUGAGGGGGGCGAAGAACCACCAGCACCGGGAACGGAGGAGGAUGCUCCCCUGAAGCCUCUCCUGCGCCCAGCCACCAGCAGCAUCCAGGCUGCCAUGGAGCCGACCCCGACGCCGCUGCUCUCUGCCAAGCCGCAGAAGCGGAAAGCUGCCGAGAUGAGCCCGGGGGUGCUGCAGCGAGCGGCCACCAUCGGCAGCUGCCCGGUCAUCUACAGCCAGCCCCUGAUGGCCACCGGCAAAUACCAGCCCCCAGCCGUGCCCAUGGGCUCCCUGAGGCCUCGCCAGCGCCUGCAGCCGGAGAUCCAAGGCCGCCCCAACCUCCGCCUCGCCCCGGCCCACAGCGGUGCCGCCGCGCUGGGGCUGCAGUCCGGUUACCUGGGGGUGACGGCGCCUGCCGCGCCCUCCGUCAUCGGCUACUCCGAGUGCCCCGUGCCCGGCAGCCUCCCUGCCGCUGCCAUGCCGCCUGCCCCGGCACGAGCAGCCCUGCCCGCCGCCGAGCAGCCCCCGCCGCCGCCGCCCCCCCAGACGCCCCCGCCACCCACACCCAAGGCCCCGCCGCCACCGCCGGAGAAGGAGAAGCCGAGGAAGGGGCGGAAGGACAAGAGUAAGAAGGGGAAGACGAAGAUGCCGUCGCUGGUGAAGAAGUGGCAGAGUAUCCAGAGGGAGCUGGAUGAGGAGGAGAAUUCCAGCUCCAGCGAGGAGGACCGGGAGACCACGGCCCAGCGGCGCAUCGAGGAGUGGAAGCAGCAGCAGCUGAUGAGUGGUAUGGCAGAGAGGAAUGCCAACUUCGAGGCGCUGCCGGAGGACUGGCGAGCGCGGCUGAAGCGGAGGAAAACAGCCUCCAGCACCUGAGGCUCAGCAGCCUCCUUCCUGCCCUUGGGGUUUUUUUUUUUACAGAUGUACAGUCCCCUUCCCCCCCCAAGCCCCUUCUUGACCGUUGUCCAAUAAAUUGUAGCAGU